ACUACAACAUGGCCGAACGGGGCGAAGCUAUUGAGCAAUGCUGGAAUAAACUUUCUUUAAAAGAUCAUGAAGAUGAGGAAUCUAUUUAUAAAUUAUUUCUUCGGAAAAAUAAGGUUGCCAUUGCUAUGUUGCGCCAGUCUCUAGAAGGAAGUUAUAAUUGUAGAAUAAGAUGGGUCAAAAUAGAUGCAGCUGAUAUCAACUUUCCUCAGCCUUUUUCCAGUUCAACAAUUUUGUUUGGAAAAGAUAAAAGUGGUCUUAAUUAUAGGUUAAGGACUGUUUUUAAGAAAGCAUAUAACGUCCUUGAUGCCUACUUCAGCUCAGACCCAGACGACCCUAUUCUGCCUGAAGAUCCAAACGUUAAACGAGCAUUGGAGUUGCUGCUGAGAUUUGUAAUGAACUCUGAAAAAGUAUGGAAUGCACUGUAUGAAGGUGAAAAGAAAGGUGAAUGGAAUUGGACGUUGAGGUUGGCCCAGCAUGUUUUUACACAGUUGUCUUUGUAUCCAAAGUACAAGUAUGAUAUCAGCAAAGAUUACAGACGUCUUGGUUGUCCUUGUCUACAAGGAGAUAAGAUUCUUGGAGAAAGGGAUGAUACUAGCUUUGGUUGGGAAAAUGGUUGGCAUGGUAAGGUUGACAUAUUAAUGGCAGGCAUUCCAGUUUAUGAAACAGCAGAAAAGGGUGAAGAAUCAAGUCAGUUGUUUAAAACAGAUUCAGAAUCAAGCAUUAGCUGUGAAAACAAGGACAAAGGCACAACUUUCAGUUAUAGGGAAUAUGGACAGAUUGGAGCAGAAACAAUUUCAUUUUCUUUUUUAAAAAACAGAGAUAAAAACAGUGACAUCUCAAUGAUACCUUCUAUUGCUGUUACUAAAGAGCUGGUUCAAAUUCAUUUUUAUGAUUCAAUAAAUGAUAUAUUUCUACAGAGUGGUCCUGUGAAAUUGUCAGCUGGAAGCUAUGGUGAGGAUAUUUUCAGUUUUCCUGCAACCCUUUUGAUCUGGUUGACUGUAAACUACAAUUUGUUCUAUACAGGAAUUGAGCGGCUCCCAAAGUCGGGACUUCAUGAGCUGAUUAAUGUUGAGAAACUUAGCAAAGAAAUUAAGGCACCAUGUCACUGGAAAAAAGACAAUGAUCAGAGUUGGUUUUUAAACUCAGACUGGUGUACUGCACUGUUUUAUGAUUAAAGAAAGGGUUAGCUGUUGUGAUUGAUGGCAGGGCUGGCAGAAGCAAUUUUCCGAGUUGCCCGAGUUGUACAUUUGCGGGUCUGGACAACCGACAUUUUGCAUUUUGCUUGUCCGUGUGAAAGUUGAGCAUCUACUUUUUAUGUUUGACCAAAAUUCCAAUUCAGACCCUCGAAUAUUCAAGUUGCCAGAUUUUUCUUUUGAUCCACACUCGCUAAUUGCUUAAAUAUACAUAUAAUUCAUGCCACUUAAGGUAUAAUUCAAGCUGAGCCCCCUACUUAGGUACUUGGGAGAUUUUCCAGAGAAGUGUGAAAGAAUGAAAUUAACAGAAUUCAUUUUCUUGUAUCCAGUCGAUAUCUUUUUAUACGCCCGAAGGAACGUAUUAUGUUAUCAUAGGAUGUCCGUCUGUCCGUCCGUUAGCAAUUUCUUGUCCGCUCUGUAACUCUUGAACCCCUUGAAGGAUUUUGAUGAAACUUGACACAAAUGUUUACAACAUGCCAUGGCUGGCUUCAAGGAGUCAGCUUUGUUGGCUCAAGGUCAGAGGUUUGACCCUUCCAUUUUGUGUCUGCCCUGUAUUUCCUAAACCCCUUCAAGGAUCUUCAAAGUCAUUGAUGUCCUCAUACAUGGACUAUAAAAUAUACUUAAAAUGUCAAUGCUUCCACCCAAUACCAUCAGCCCUUUCACUAUCAGUAACGGUGGUGGGGGAUAUAGGUGUCUUUCAGAUUGCUUUGUUUCUUUAAAAUCUGUGAUACUCUCUUAUAGAUCACUCACUAAAGUUUUUAUGCAAUUUCCUGUUAUAAGUUGUGAAUUUUCUGUUCUGAAAAAAAAUGUGUUAUAUGAACUUUAUCCUUAGGCUCCUUCUUCAUCAAAGACUGAACUUCCUUUAUACCCCAGUCACACAUAUGGUGCGGAUAGCUACGUCUAGCCACUGAUAGAAACGUAGUAAUCCGUAUCGAUCCGUACCUGAGCCGUACCUCAAAGUAGUAAUCCGUAUCAAUCCAUACCAACACUUGGUCAAAACGUAUUCAAGACUUAUCCCAAACUUGCAAGUUUCUUCAACUUUUGAACAUGCACAAAAGUUUGAGCGAUCCGUAGCCAUUUGACUGUGACUUUAGUCCAACUUGGUUGAAACUUAUUCAUCCGUAGUUAAACGUCCUAAAACGUACCUUGCCGUAGCUGAACGUAGUUAUCCGAGGCUGCCCGUACUUAAUCGUAGUUCACCGCAGACCCGUCCGUGCGCUGGGCAAGUUGCCAGGCGCAGUAAAACGUAAUUCAACUUAGUACCCUGUACCUAUCCGUACAUAUUUGCGUCCUGUAUUGUUUUGUUUGUUCCCCGUUUCUCACCAUUUUUCCCGUACUAAGACGUACUGCUCCGUACUUAUCCCCCCACAGACCAAUCCCAUCCGCACCGUACCUCAACGCACGGACAUAUCCGUAUGUGUGACUGUAGCUUUACGUUUCUGCCAAGGAAUCAGACUACUUCUUUCUUCAAUUCCAUGUAUUAAUAGGUCGACAGCUGAACAUUAAUACUUAUUCACAGAUUAUAAGACAUGACAUCUACCAAGACAGCCAGUUAAAUUCCCUUAUAUUUACUUAACCAAAAAUCACCCAUAAUUCUGUUUUCUUCAGAGUAGUAGAACUCCCAUUAAUGCUCCCUCUAGAGCCUUUGAUGAUCACAAUAUAAUUAUUGAGAUUCAGGAAAUCAAAUUCUAAGCUGACAGUCCAGAAAAUACCUUGUCUAAAUUUAAAGCAUUCUUUUCAGAAGGGUAUUACUGUAUUGCAAAUACAUACCAAAUAUUUGCUUUUAUCCUGGAAUUUCAUCAAAUAAAGAUUUUUAAGUUUUGAUCAUAAAAAUCUUCUUCGUUUUUGCAUCUGGUAUGGAAAUUUAUAUCAAAUAAAAACAAAAAUGUCCAAAAAAUGUAAAUUAAUCCCUUAAAUAUUUAAUUGUCAUCAAAUUUAUUUGUAUAUCCUCCAAUUAGUAUGAAUUUGUGUAUUUAACAAAAGAUGUGUGUAACUAUGAAUAUAUUAUUAUGAAUUAUUUUGUUCAUUAUUAAGAAUUAAAAACUGGAGCCUUCAUGAAAAUAUUGAAUUUCAUCUCCUGUCGGUGGUGAUAUUUUACGAUAUCACAGGCUAAAACAGAUUUCUUUUUUUUUGGAACUGCUUAAACGACAGCCUGUAUAUUAACAUUUGUACAUGUAGACAUAUUUUUUAGUUCACCUGAGCACGAAGUGCUCAUGGUGAGCUAUUGUGAUCACGCUGUGCCGUCCGUCAUCAGCAAUUGUAUUUAAACGACAUCUCCUCCAAAACCACUGAAUGGAUUUUGAUGAAACUUGGCAAGGUUGUUCCUUGUAUGGUCCUCUACCAAAGUUGUUCAAACGGUUGGUUGCACAUAGGGGCUGCCAGAGCUAAAAAUAGAAAAAUCUUCAAACGACAUCUCCUUAACCGACGGUCUGAUUAUAGUUGAAAUUAAAAAAAAAUCUUCUUGUGUGAAACUGCUGGCCCGAUUUUAAAAUAAUUUCACACAAACGGUCCUUGUAUCAUCCUCUACCAAGAUUGUUCAAAUUAUAUUGAUUCGUCAAAAAACAUGGCCGUCAGGGUGUGUGGUCACUUUUCCCUAUAUGUCUAAAGUGUAAAUUAGAAAAAUCUUAUUGUAUGAAACUGCUUGCCCGAUUUUAAAAUAAUUUUACACAAAUGGUCUAAGGUCAGAAAUGGCCAGGCCCCCUGUCUGACAUGUACUUACUAUAGGCUUAUAUAUAAGAAACUUUUAAACUGUUCUUCUCUGAAUCAAUAAUAUCUACAGCCUUGGUAUUUGGCAUGUGAUAUCAGAGUUGUACUGUCUACCAAAAUUGUUCAAAUUAUUGAUCUGCAUUCAAAAAUGUGUGUGACAUGUACAUGUAUAUAAUAUAGGCUAAUAUAGAAGAAAUCUUACUCUGUACUUGUACUAUUAUGCUAUACUACUUGAAAAUUUGUGCACAGGUGAGCGCUUUAGGAUCAAUGACACUCUUGUUUAGCAACAAUCAUCAAAACACAAAUGAAGUAUUACAAAUUACAGUUCAUACUUUUCAAGAAAAAAACAACAAAAAGCUAUAUUUAUAUUCUUUUACUUAAGUUGUUUCUUUUCAUGUCAGAUGUGUCUAACAGUACAUGUAUUUUAGAAAGUCCUUUAGAACAUAUGUACAUUUAUUUUUGUUUUCCACAUGUUCAGAUGUUUCAUUCUUUUUUCACACAAAAAAUUGUGUUUAAUGGUAGAUUAAUGUCGUUAUAUUCCUUUAGUUCUAUUUUAUAAACAGUUAUUAUGCUUUUUAAACUUAAAAGAUUUAUUUAUUCCACGUUUUCUAAAAGCUGUGUCAAUUUUAGACCAGAACAGUCAGGGGCGUAACUGUUCCAAGUUAUUGCAGUUUAUAACCCAUUUGAGUUAUUGCAUAAACUUUCAUAACUUGUUUCAGUUAUAAAAUAUUACAGAUCCCUCCUGUGCCAAUUCCUCAUUUUGAAUGAGACUAAUGCAAUUAUUUCCUGAAUCCUUGACCUUUCAUCUUUCCAGCUAUGCAGUAAAAAUUUUUACGCAAGGCUGAUAAAGUUUUACGCAAAAGUUUUAAAGCUAUAAAACUCUUAAUAUCCCAUUAUGCUUAUCAGGUCAUGCUCAGCCUAAAACAGAAUUUGAUUAACCACAGUUUGCUACUUAUUUCACUUUAAAGGUCACUUUGUGAGAACAGCAAAAAGACUUUUUUUGAAUAACUUACCUGAGUUAACUAUAUUUUAUAACUAAUACAGGUUAUAAAAUGCUUGAAAAAGUAACUGAAAUUGGUUACAUAACUACACCCAUGACUGCAGAUUGAAUCGAAGUAUUUGCAACUGAGGAAGAAAUGGUCAUAGUCUUCAAAUUCGUUACAAAAGUUGCAACAAGGAUUACUUUUAAUGUUAUAUUUAAAUAAGUUUGAAUUAGUUGCGAGUAUUUUGUGAAUGGCUUUAUAUUUGAAUUGUUUUAUUUUGUUGUCUACAUUACAUUUGUUCACAAUAUAGUAAAAUGAAUUCCAGUUAAUUUCGCCCCAUGUGGUUCUGGGACGAUCUGUGUAUGAAAAGAAUUGGACCAAUGAUCGUAAGAGGCGACUAAUAGGGUCUUAACACA